GGCGUGUUCGAGGGGUCUUGGAGGGGGUGCCUCCAGAUGAGGAGGCAGGAAGGCCCAGAGGACAGAGGAAUGCGCAGGGAGCCCUCAUGGGAGAGAGACAGCAGGAGAGAGGAACACCCAAGGGAGAGAGAGGGACUGGGUCACAGCGCUGACUCCCCUGUGCCGAGCGAGGGACUAGACCCUUUGGGAGGCAGGCACCGUGCCUGGGGCCGCAGUUGAAUUCCUGCUCCGUGGCCCCGGCUGGUGUUGGACCCUGGGUGAGUCACUUUGCUUCCCAAGCGCCUCCUUGUCCUCGGAGUCAUUGUAAGAAUUAGGAAGAAGAAUCUGUGGGUAAAUGGCAUGUGGCCAGCUCUUUGGUCAUGCUGCAUUCCCUCCGGUGCCUUGACUCUCCCCUUGAGUCGGGCUCUCCCUGUAUCGCAGGUUCAACGUGGGCUGCGGACGAGGGACUUAGCGGACAACAGAAAAGCCCAGAUGUACAUGGAGGGAAGGAUCAAGGCUCCUGGGGCCCAGCCAAGUCCUGGGGUGAACACCGCCAGCAAGAGGCCUGGUGCUGAGCCCACCAUAUCAGGAGUCAGCCAGGUUGCGUUUGCAGAUGUUGCAGGGGUGGACAGUGGGAAGCAGCCCUCAUCAGCCCCAGGAGGGCCAGAGAAGGGGCCCAGACCUAGGGAAUCCUCGGAGGACGGGCCUCUGGAGCUCAGGCCCCGGGAGCAGAUGCGUCCUGCAGGACCAGGGAAGAAGCAGUCAGCCCCCCAGGAAGGCCCCGGGGAGCUGCAAGCAGGCCGGGAGCAGGCCAAGCCAAGAAGUGAGCUGGGGGCGCUGCCUUCCAGGGUCCCUGCAGCACCUGAAAGGAAGCAAACCGCGACUCAGCAGGGGAGACAGCAGAACCCAGGGACGGUGAAGGGCCAGGUCCUCCAGAGCCACCAGCAGGGCCCAGCAUGUCAGCCCAGCCCAGGUCAGCAGGCAGCUAAUGGGCCAGACAUAGCACAGCCAGUGGAGACCUCUUGCAUCUUGGACAGCUGUGGGCAGCGGCCUGGAGACAAGCUCCCCAAGAGGGUGGACACCCCACACAUCAGGCCACAGGAGGCUCUACUAGAGCCUGGCCCAGGGGGACAGAAGGAGAGUCCCCAGGAGGCAAUGCCCCUAAAGGACAGGGCAGCUCCGGAAGAAAACACGGCCGACUCCUUCUCGCCAUCCACACCAGGACCUGAGCCACUCAAAGGAAGAGUCAAGACUGUGGAGACCGAGCCAGCACCAAGGCCUGUUCCUCCCCCGGAGGUGAGGGACACAGUGCAGAAGCGGCCUCCGGAGCCCAGGGUGGCCGCAGGGGCCCAGACCCUCGGGAACCUCCGGCAGGGCUUCAUGAAGUGCUUGCUCCAAGUGGAGGAGGAGGAGGCCACCCGCCGGAGGGCGGCCAAGGCCCGGAGGUCCCCGCGGACCCUGACCCCCGCGCCCGCCUCGGCCCCCCAGAGCCUGCCCCCAGCCCUGCCUCAGAGCCCGGCCUCGGCCCCUGCCAUGGCUCCCUCCUGGGCCCGGGCGCCUGCCCCCCGGGGGUCCCCCGGCCCGGCCUCGGGGCCCUUCGCAGGCCUGGACACGGGCUGGAGAAGAGCGGAGCCCUGGAGCGGGGACAGGAGCCUGACCGGCACCAAGGCGCGCAGCCAGGAGCUGGAGGAGCGCGGCCUCUUCACGCUCUACCAGACCUGGGACGAGAGGCUCGAGAGGCUCGAGGAGCAGCUCACCGUGAGGCAGGAGGAAGCCUUCCGCAGUUACUUUGAGAUCUUCAAUGGCCAUGGCGAGGUGGAUGCACAGAGCCUGGGGAACAUCCUGCUGCUGGUGGGCAUCUCCCUGACGCCGGCUCAAGUAGAGGACGCCCUGAUGAGUGCUGAUGUCGAUGGGGAUGGUCGUGUAGGCUUCAAGGACUUCCUGGCUGUGCUGACAGACACCAGGCGCUUCUUCUGCUCCGUGGAACAGAACGCCCUGGCAGACAUGGCUCCCCCCAACCCCCACACCCUAUUCUUUGAGAUCCUGUCCCUGCUGGUGGAGAUGCUGGCCUUACCUGAGACAGCCUUAGAGGAGAUCACCAACUAUUACCAGAAGAAGCUGAAGGAAGGCACCUGCAAGGCCCGAGAGAUGGAGUUGGCCAUAGGCCGGCUGCGGUCCCGGAAGAAGCUUCCUUACAACCUCCAGGAGGCAGACUUGGAAGUCCCAGAACGAAGGGUCCUCAGGAUUCUGAGCCGGCUGAAGCAGCAGAACUAUGCUGCCAACCUGCAGAGCCCCUAUGCCCAAGUGCCCUGCAUCCCACUCUGUCCGAGGUUGGACAAGAAGAUGGUUCGUCGGAAGCAGGGCAGCCAGUAUGUGCUGGACCCAUGCACCCCUGCCAGCCUGGGCCCCGACAUCCAUAGCCUCCUCUUCCAGUCAGGAUCUCAAGGAAGCAGGGAACAUGGCUCUGAGUGCCGAAAGUGGCUCAGCUCUGUCCCGGCUCGAACGCACUGACCUAUGGAGUCCUGACUCUGGGCAGCUGUUCAGGUCAUCAGGCAGGUACCGCUGCUGGAUUUUGCUUUUGUGGCCUGGUAAGCCAAUAAACACCAAGAACCUCA